GUCAUACUGGGGAGAAAAUCCUUUUUUUCAACUUGUCAUCAUUGGAUAGAGAGGAGACCAUUAUCAAAGCAGAGUUACGUUGGUUCAGAAAGAAACCAAUGUUUGACCACAGGAAGUUGCACAGUCCACAUAUUUAUCAGGUGAAUCUAUAUGAGGUCCUGGACAGCAGAGUGAAACCACAGGAAGGAGACCUGAUCACUUCCAGACUGGUGCCAGUCUAUACACAAGGAUGGGAGGUUUUCAAUACCACUCAAAUAGUAUCUAAAUGGAUACAAAAGAAUCUGGAGAACACUGGCAUCCUGGUUGAGACAAGCGUUCCUUUCACUAGCUGGAGGAAGUGGGUGAUGUCCUCCAUCAAUCAGCCUGCAUACACCUACCUGCUCAUAUUCUCUGAUGAUGGGAGGACUAAAGCUGACCGGUCACAGUUGGCAGCCAUCCAAACCAAGCCACAGCACCGACUCAGCAGGAGACGACGUGCAUCAUCAGAUUUCUCCUCACAUGGCCGCCCCCAGUCCUGCCAGAGGGUCCCGCUCUUUGUGGACUUUAAAGAGAUCGGCUGGUCGGGCUGGAUCAUCUCACCCCAUGGGUACAACGCCUACCAGUGCAGAGGUUCCUGUCCAUUCCCACUAGGGGAUGGUCUCAGAGCCACCAACCACGCCACGGUGCGCUCCAUCAUGCAUGCACUCAAGCUGUCCAGCAGUGUGGUGGGGGCGCCCUGCUGUGUGCCCAACAGACUGCAGUCCAUCAGUUUGUUGUACUUUGAUGAUGAGGAGAACGUAGUUCUGAAGCAGUUUGAUGACAUGGUGGCAUUAAGCUGUGGCUGUCACUGACUCUGUGGGCUCAGGACUGAGAGGGGACAGACACAGUUUCUAGGGUUUAUAAAAACAAGGAAAAUAUUGUUUUAUUUUGAAGAAUAAAAGUAUCUAAACAUUA